AUGAAGUCUGGUCACCACUCUUCCAUCGCCAUCAACUGGCCCCCCACUAACCACGGGGCAGCUGCCAUCGCCGCCGCCCGCUCCUCCCCUGAUCCGAAGCCAAUGUCCGUUAUACGAGGAAACAUGAAGAGAUGGUCAUUCCCUCUUCUCCUCGUUUUCACUCUCUUCUCACCUUCAAUUGCCGGAGACUCCUUGACUCCAACCACAUCACUCCUCGACGGCCAAACUCUGGUCUCGGCUGGUGGAAUCUUCGAGCUUGGCUUUUUCAGCCCAGGUAAUACACUUAACAGAUACUUGGGCAUAUGGUACAAGAAAAUUCCAGUUCCCACAAUCGUAUGGGUCGCCAAUCGAGCCAGUCCUCUCACAGAUUCCACUGGAGUUGUAAAGAUCCGCAAAGAUGGGAGUCUAGUCCUACUCAAUGGCGUAGCCAAAGUUGUCUGGACUUCGGACUCGACAGCAAGUGCCAGUAAUCCAGUAGCACAGCUCUUAGAUUCUGGAAACUUUGUCCUUAGAGCAGAAGAAAGCAUUGCUUGGCAGAGCUUCGACUACCCUUCGGAUACGUUGCUGCCCGGCAUGAAGCUUGGAUGGAAUCUGAAGACGGGGCUCAACCGGUACAUUAGUUCAUGGAAGAGCUCCGAUGACCCGUCACCGGGGUACUACUCGUUCAAGUUGGAUCCCCAUGGAUCGCCGGAAUUGUUCCUAUAUAGGGAGUCUACAAAGAUUCAUGCAAGCGGCCCAUGGAACGGGCUUGAAUUCAGCGGCGUUCCCCAGCUGAAAUCUGAUCAAAAUUUCCGUUUCAUUUUCAUCUCUAACCAGGAUGAGAUCUACUACACGUGUGAGAUAAACAACAGCUCCGUUGUUUCGAGGUUGGUGGUGACUACAUCCGGUCAGCUCCAACGUUUCGUGUGGCUCGACGCCAUCCAAGAUUGGCACGUCUUCUGGUCGGAUCCGAAUGACCAGUGUGAUCGUUAUGCGGCGUGUGGUCCUUUCGGUGUCUGCAAUUCUAAUCCUUCACCUACUUGUAGCUGCCUGAAAGGAUUCCAGCCAAAAUCAACGCAAAAGUGGAUUCUGAGAGAUGGCUCUGAUGGGUGCGUGAGGAUUACUCGUUUGGACUGCAAGGGAGACGGAUUUGUAACGGUGAGUAAUAUGAAGUUGCCAGACACCACGAGUGCCACCGUGGAUAAGAGCAUGAGCCUCGACGAGUGCAGGGAAAGUUGCUUGAAGAAUUGUUCUUGCAGGGCUUAUGCUAGCGCUAACAUCAGCGGAGCGCUGAGCGGUUGUAUCAUUUGGGCCACUGAUCUGAUAGACCUCAGGAAUUUUGUGGACGCUGGGCAAGAUCUUCAUGUAAGGCUUGCGGCAUCAGAACUAGGCAUGCAAGCUAAUAUGAAUUCAGGGCAAAGUAGAAGGAAUUCAAACAAGAAAAAAGUGGUAAUUGUCACUGUAUUGAUAUUUUCUGGGUUGCUUCUCUUGGGGAUUGGUGGCCGUUGUGUUUUGAAUGGCACGGUCAACCGCCGCCGUCGUAGAACAUCUUUACCCUCAUUCGGUGGACGUGAACCAACUGCUUUCCAAGCAAAAAGGCAUUGUUCAGAUGAUGAGAUAAGUGCUUGCAAAGAACUAGAUGUUCCAUUCUUUGAUGUUGAGACCAUAUUGGCUGCGACGAACAACUUCGCCAUCGAAAAUAAAAUUGGAGAGGGUGGAUUUGGCCAUGUUUAUCAGGUAGCAAUGUGA